UUUUUUUUUUUUUAAUUCCGGCGUCAAGCAUUUAUUGAGUUGAAAGUAGAUCUAUAUAUUCUGGUGGGUAUUAAAGCAAUGAGCGCCAUUCCAACACCACUUAUCUCUAGUUGUUGACUUCUCUGCGCCACCAUGACAGCAGGUAGCAACACCACUACCAGACCGAAAUCCAAGUGCCUGCUUUUCACCACCAUUGCUUCUCUCCUGCUUUUGCCUCUCCUCGCAAUCAUCCCCUUCUUUGCCCUCCGUCAUAAAAUUUCGCAUCCCUAUUCUCCAAAAUCAUUUUCACGCCUACUAGUACAGGUUGCUGACAUCCAGUUAGCCUGCCAAGCCACACGACACCCAGAAACCUGUCAAACUUCUCUUUCUCAGUCCAAUCUUCUCCCUCCCAACCCAACCCCACUUCAAAUUAUCCAAUCUGCAUUAUGGGUCUCCUCCCAAAACCUCACAAUUGCACAAUCAAUGGUGAAAUCCCUCCUAGGAGGCGCCACCGGUAACCAAGACCUCACUAGCGUCGCUAAAUUUUGUUUGGAUCUUCUGGGUUUUUCCCAGUACCGCAUUUCAGCGACGAAUGAUACAUUGCCACUUGGUAAGACCAAAACUCUUCGUGCUUGGAUGAGUGCGGCCUUGGCUUACCAGUCCGAUUGUUAUGGAGGACUGAGUUUCCAAGGGGGGAACUCGCAGGAAGUCAAUGAAACGAAAGCGUUUCUUGAAGAUUUGAUUGGACUCAGUAGCAACGCUUUAAGCAUGAUCGUCUCCUACGAUUUGUAUGGCAACGAUACCCGGUUAUGGCGACCGCCAAAAACUGAACGGGAUGGGUUCUGGGAGGAGCCAAAGGUGGGCAGUGAAAUGGGGUUGAGCGUUAAGUUUCCGCCAAAUCUGAAAUCAGACGUCACGGUGUGUAAGAACAGCAGCAGAGGAUGUUACAAAACGGUACAGGAAGCCGUAAAUGAAGCUCCCAGUAAUGCGGUGGAGCGUAAAUUUGUGAUACAUAUAAAGAAGGGAGUUUACGAGGAGAUCGUCAGGGUUCCGUCUGAGAAGAAAAACGUAGUGUUUAUAGGGGAUGGAAUGGGGAAAACGAUCAUUACUGGAUCACUGAGCGUUGGCCAGCCUGGUGUCACUACGUAUGAGUCUGCUACUGUUGGUGUUAUUGGUGAUGGGUUCAUGGCUAGUGGCAUCACAUUCCAAAACGCAGCAGGACCUCCCACUCGCCAAGCAGUAGCCUUUAGAUCAGAAAGUGAUCAAUCAUACAUCGAGAACUGUGAAUUCCUUGGCAAUCAAGACACUUUAUAUGCUCAUUCCCUUCGCCAAUUCUAUAAAUCAUGUCGCAUUCAGGGAAACGUGGAUUUCAUUUUUGGAAACUCAGCUGCAUUUUUCCAGGAUUGCGAAAUCUUAAUCAGUCCCAGGCAAGAAAAUCCAGAAAAAGGUGAAACAAAUGUAGUCACAGCACAAGGCAGGACAGAUCCUGCACAAUCAACAGGUUUUGUGUUCCUAAAUUGUUCGAUCAAUGGCACAGCAGAAUACAUGGCUUUAUACGAAAAGAAUCCUGAAGUUCACAGGAGUUACUUGGGAAGGCCAUGGAAGGAAUACUCAAGAGUUGUGUACAUAGAUAGUAAGUUUGAAGCUGUCAUUACAGCAGAUGGAUGGUUGCCUUGGAGUGGUGAUUUCGCACUUGAUACACUGUACUAUGGAGAAUACAAGAAUUCUGGACCAGGUUCAAAUUUGUCUGAGAGAGUAUCUUGGAGUAAUCAGAUUCCAGAAGAGCACAUAAAUACAUAUUCGAUACAGAAUUUCAUUCAAGGAGAAGAGUGGUUGCCCAGUUUAUGAUAAGCUUUUAUACUAAAAUAUAUACUUUUAUAUUCCUCAUUACAUUGUCUACAGAAUCAGUAAAGUCAGUGGGAAUUAAUUCCGUAUUAAUAAUAAAAUUAUCUAAUUUUAUAUUUAAAA